AUGAACCAAAUCGAAAAUGUAAGAAAAACAAUUCAUGACUGGGAUGACGAAGAAGAAGAACAAGACGAUGCAAGCGAAAACCAGGACUGUUCCUCUAAUGAUUGUCAAGACGAUGAAGGUCAAGAUCCUGCAUAUAAUACAGUGAGUUCACCUCCUUUGUAUGUUGCUAAUAAAAUAAUAGAAAAAGAAAAUAUAAAAAAAAUGAAUACUCAAUAUUCCCAUGAUAAAAACCACAUGAAAGAUAAAGCACUGAAACAAUAUAACAAAGCCAGUAACUCCGCAUUACAAGCUAUUUUGCCAUUGGGAGAAGUUAUGAAAACUGAAAACUUUCAUUUGCUAAUCAACUCCUUAUUAUUCUCCAGUAAUGUGAAUAAUUGUCGAUCCAUAUCUAAAAUUCAACCCUUUGCCAUAUAUUCAUUUUUAAAUAUUACCAAUUUUAUUUGCUACGAGUUAUUUCCCGACUCACCUAUAUCUGAAGCUUUCAAACCAAUACUCACUCUUCUUCGCGGCCCAUUAAUGAAAUUAAACUCUUUUAUCGAUAUCUUAAAUUUUGGGGUUAUUUUAUACCAAGAUACUCAAUACAAGACAGGUUAUUACAUUUUUAUUAUAUAUUGUUUUGUUUGGAUUUUAAGACUGGAAUAUAAUGAAAACAGUAGAGUCGCAUUAAACAAAUUGGUUUCAUUUAUUGACUUAUUUAUUGGCGAACAACUCUAUCAGUUUCUAUGUUUGGUUGCUAACCCAACCACUGAGCGUAUGUAUAAUUGUAACUACAAUGGUGAGAAAAAAAAGGGUAAUACAGCAAAAAAUGAGGGGGGGAAUAAAUUGGGGCUACCUUUUAUUUUUAAGAUCUUUGAUAUUGUUAUAAAAUUAUGGUUUAAAUAUAUUAGACAUGGUAUUAAUAUUAUAUUACCAUUGAAUUCAGUUUCUCCCACAAUUAAGGACCCUGAGAGUCCCUUAUUAUUAAAAUACAUUAAUGACGCUAGUGCAUAUAAAAAAAUAAAAUAUACAAAUGAAGACAGUUCUAAAAGUGAUAAAAAAUUGACAUAUUAA